GUUGGCCAUGGUUAACCUAAGAGGAAUGGAGGGCGUUCUCCGACGCCGCGAUCUCCCCAGCUGCUGCCGCUCUGGAUUGAGCUCCAGAACUAUGCAAGCUAUCAUGCACGAGACUCUGCAAACUCCGCGAGCAAAAGGGCUCAUACUCAACACAUUCGAUCACCUCGAAGCAUCCACGCUCCACCAAAUCCGAACCCGAAUUCCGAAUCUCUACGCCGUCGGGCCGCUGCACGCCCACCUGCGAAGCAGACUAAACAGUUCAAACACAUCAAGCUGCAGUCUCUGGGAAGAAGACAAGAGCUGCUUGACAUGGCUGGACCAACAGCCCCAAGAGUCGGUGGUCUACGUUAGUUUUGGCAGCAUUGUGCAGUUGACGAGGGAGGCGCAGAUAGAGUUCUGGCACGGCCUGGUCAACAGCGGCAAGCGCUUCUUGUGGGUCAUGAGGCCGGGCUCCGGCGGGAUCCCGACGGAAAUCUCGAGGGGCAUCGUUGUGGGGUGGGCCCCGCAGGAGGAGGUGCUGGCCCAUCCGGCCGUAGGUGGAUUCUUGACGCAUUGUGGAUGGAACUCGACUCUAGAGAGCUUGGUUGCUGGCGUGCCUAUGAUAUGCUGGCCUCAUUUCGGCGACCAGCACGUGAACAGCAGAUUUGUGGGCGAUGUUUGGAAGAUCGGGCGCGAUAUGAAGGACUGUUGCGAUAGGGUGACGGUGGAGAAGAUGGUGAGGGACGUGAUGGAGGAAAGAAGCCAUGAAUUUCUGCAGAGAGCGCGAGAUGUGGCGAAAUCAGCUCGACAAAGUGUCGAGGAAGGCGGGACGUCUUACGCCGACUUUGAUCGUUUGAUUGAAGAUAUUCGACGUUUAGCCAACGUAGAAUCAUUUGUGUAAUCGUAUGUAAGAUAUUAUUCAAUAUAACUUACAAGCCACUACCUCAAUUUCCCACCCUGAGAAGAAAUAGAAAAAUUCAUAUAAAUUUGCUUUUAUUUGGUUAUUAACCACAACGAGAGCGUGGAUGAUCAGUCCCGAACAACUUGAGCGCUCUUAGUUUUGAUGUCUUGAAUCAGACGGUCCAAGUGAGAGUAGGAAGAUCCUCCUUCACUCAGAGAUGCUUUAGCUGAUUUCGCCAUUUCAUCAGCUCUCCUUAGAAACUCCUCUUUCCUUACCUCCAUGAGAUUUCUCACACUUUCCUCAAUCACACUCCUAUCACAAGAAUCUUUCAUGUCCAAACCAAGCUUCCAUUCCUCCUCGACCAGCCUGCUAUUGACCUGCUGGUCGAGGAAAUAAGGCCAGCAGAUCAUAGGCACCCCUUCAUACACGCUCUCUAGAGUCGAGUUCCAUCCA